GUGACAACUCUACCCUUAUAAACAGCUGUAGCUUGUGUAUUGCAUUGUUUAAUUUCAACAAUUUGAUAAAGAUGUCGCUUGUUGCUUAUGCCGCCAGUUCUGACGAAGAUUCGGAGAACGAGGAGGAAUCUCCAGGGCCACAAGUGGAACUGGUGAAACCACCAGCUAAGCAGAUCACAUCAAGUCCCUCUAAAGAGGCACCUAUACAACCUGAAUCAUCAAGUGGACACAUUAGCGAUGAAGACGACGAUUACGUUCCCCAAGAAGUGUCCUUGCAGGAACUGAAGCCUCCCACGGGAAGACUCCUACUGGCCUUGCCAAAGCCCAAGGUCAUUGCUUCCAUCGGGAACCCAGAAGAUGAGGAUGUGGACGAGCUGGUGACCCCCGCCUUUGCCAACCUGCCCAUGCCACGAGCUGCAGCAGGAGGAAAACCCAUUAUAGAGGAGAAAGACGACGAGUUCCUGCACAAGAAAGCGCUGCCAAUUGAAAUUGAGAAGCCUCCACCGCCGCCGGUGAAAGGUCGCGUCAAGAUCAGCAUUCCCUCGCUGCGGGAAUUCUCCGAUGUGGACAAGGAGAAGGCCGACAAGGCCAAGAACAAGGUGGACAAACCCAAUGCGCCCAAGGGAUCGGGUCUGCUCAGUAUGCUGCCCCAGGCCAAGUCGGAGCGGAAUUUCUCCAAGGGCUCCAGCUCCUCAUCAGUGGCAGUAACUCCCUCAGCGAGCAACACAUCUGCUACCAAUCCAACAAGUAAUCCUGUCCAAAACCGAUCCGCUCCAGCUUUUGUGCCCGAUACAGUGAAGCUACGAAGGGCAGCGCACAAUACAGAAGGAGUAGAUGGCACCAAGGCCGCUCAAAAGAAGAAUCCUGAAGGAAAGGAUGCUACAAAGUCCACAAAAGCCAAGCCUCCUACUAAAACCACCUCCCUGGUGACCGCCAGCGAUAGCGAGGAGGAUGAGGAGGAAGGCUCUGGCGACUUCUUCUCCCUAAAUUCCGAGCACAAACUGCCCGAGGUGAGCAGCAACGAGAUUAGCGCUCUGGUGGCCAAGCGAGCUGCCAAGAUGGUGGAGGCCAGCAGCAAAUACCUCGAGGAGAUGGCCGAACAAGAAGCAGCCGAGGUAGACGCCGCCCGCCUGGAGGAGGAGCAGACGCAGCUGGCGCAGAAGCGCUACCACGAGCAGCAGCUCGAUUCCGCGGCCAUGGACGCACUGGUGGGCAAGAAUGCCAAGCGGCGGCGGAAGGAGGCCAAGGAGAUGAGCCAGGUGAUCGACAUUGUGGGCACACAGGUGAUGCCCGAUCGCGAGGAAUGGAUGCGAACAGCGCUGGCCUCGUCCACAACCUACCAGCCCACUGGAGUGCUUACAGAUGAGGAGCCUGUGGCAGGGACGCGCCGGAAGCACCAGAUCACCUACCUGGCCCACAAGGCCAAGGCCAACGAGGCGGAGCUGCAGGCCAUGUGGUCGGCCAACCGGCAGACCCGUCGCGCCACCCAAAGCAAAUACGGCUUCUGAGCUAACUCCACUUUAUGUACACCUAAUCCUACUGCUUAAAUACAUGCUUAAUCCUACUGAA